CCUGCUUGAGGGUUUGCCACAGCAAGAAUCGCACUCCGUGUGAGACACUCCGACAUCGCGCAGCAGUCUCCCUCUUACUCCUACUAGUCUAGUCUCUUAGAAUGGCGGCAACCCCUAUGCGCACAGCCCUCAACCUACACCGCCCAGCCGCGGCGUCGGUUUCAGGCAGGCUGCUCCGGCAACCCGCGUGCGGUAGUUCGGCACGAUGGCCGUGUGUGCGCGGCACCCACGCCGCGCGUGUUCGCGCCUCCGAGUCUGAUGUGACUGAACCUAGCAGCAGCAGUAGCAGUAGCAAGUCGGCCGCAGCUCUGGGUCUGGCUGAGAUUGUGUCCAAGCGCAAAGAGCGCAAAGACCUGGAGCUGGAGCUGAAGCUGGCGGUCAAGGGUGAGAACUAUGGCGAGGCUGCCCGACUGAAGGCGGCCCUGGCAGCCCUGGACGCCACUGACCCGGUGGCUCAGGCCAAGGCGGCGCUGGAGGCGGCAAUCAGGGAGGAGCGCUACCAGGACGCGGCGCGGCACCAGGCCCAGAUCAAGGCCCUGGAGGCGGAGCUGGGCCCCGCGGCGCUGGAGUGCGGCCUGCUGUCCACCAGCAGCACGGCGGUCACACACGGCGUGCGGGUGCAGGUGCAGAGCUUCUUCCUGCCCACCAAGUCCUCUCCCAGCCAGGGCCGCUACAUGUUCGCCUACCACAUCACCCUGCACAACGACAACACAGAAACCAUCGUGCAGCUGCGCAACCGGCACUGGGUCAUCAUGGACGGGCGGGGCAAGACCGAGGAGGUCAGGGGCCCGGGGGUGGUGGGUGAGCAGCCCAUCCUGCUGCCGGGCAAGAGCUACGAGUACACGUCCGGGUGCGCGCUCACCACGCCGCAGGGCUCCAUGGAGGGCGAAUACGGCAUGGUGGUAUUGGAUCCCAAGGACGGCACCUGGGCUGAGACCAUGGAGGUCAAGAUCGGGAAGUUCAUGUUGGACGCCAAGGGCCCGCAGGCGGUGUGAGAAGCUGCCGGGGCCACUGCUGUAGGCUUCUGGUUGGGAGCUGCAAGCUGAAGAGUUUUGGGAGACGGGUGUUCCUUCUUUGAUCCAUAAGGAGUACUGCACACAGUACCUAGUGGCAUGUGAUUGCAUGGGUCUGUGGGGGCUGGGGGCGAGCGAUUUCCUUGUUAGAACGCUCGACGGAGUGCACAAGGAAGAGGAAGGGGCAACGAUGCGGGCAUGAGGAGGUCUUCCGUGUGUUUUGCUGGGCAAUCACGCGCCCAAAUUGUUUUGGACAACGCAUUUUGAUGUACUUACUACUUCGGCUUACAGCGGCUAGUCUUUUGAGUUGAAGCCGACCUGCGCAUCAUUUUGCCUUCGAAGCCACGCGUGUGCCGUUUUGACGAACUUGCAACAUACUUGAAACAUCAAGCG